GAUGGGGCGGGGCGGGAUGGGGCUGGCGGCAGCUGCAGGUCGGAGCUGAGACCGGAGGGGAGAGAGAGAGAGAGAGAGAAGGGGGCGGAGCCUGCAGCAGGAGCCCGGCCAUGGCGACCAUGGUGUACCCGCGAGAGGAGAAGCUGAGCCAGGACGAGAUCGUGCUGGGCACCAAGGCAGUGAUCCAAGGCCUGGAGACGCUGCGCAGCGAGCACCACUCCAUCCUGGCCACCCUGCUAGACACCAGGAACUGCCUGGACAAGCAGCACGAGGCCAGUGCUGUGCAGGAGAAGUCCAGCCUGGUGCGCAAGUCCUUGGAGGCCAUUGAGCUGGGGCUGGGGGAGGCCCAGGUGAUCAUCGCUCUGUCGAGCCACCUGAGCGCGGUGGAGUCUGAGAAGCAGAAGCUGCGGGCCCAGGUGCGGCGCCUGGUGCAGGAGAACCAGUGGCUGCGGGACGAGCUGGCGGGCACCCAGCAGAAGCUGCAGCGUAGCGAGCAGGCCGUGGCACAACUGGAGGAGGAGAAGAAGCACCUGGAGUUCAUGAACCAGAUUAAGAAGUUUGAUGACGACAUCUCCCCCUCGGAGGAGAAGAAUGGAGAGGCAGCCAAGGACUCGCUAGAUGACCUGUUCCCCAGCGAUGACGACCAGGGCCAAGGGCCGACGCCCGGCAGUGGGGAGGCUGCGGCCCAGCAUGGGGGCUAUGAGAUCCCAGCGCGGUUACGCACGCUGCACAACCUGGUGAUCCAGUACGCCUCGCAGGGGCGCUACGAGGUGGCCGUGCCGCUCUGCAAGCAGGCACUGGAGGACCUGGAGAAGACCUCGGGCCACGAUCACCCCGAUGUGGCCACCAUGCUCAACAUCCUGGCGUUGGUGUACAGGGACCAGAACAAGUACAAGGAGGCUGCUCAUCUUCUCAACGACGCGCUGGCCAUCCGGGAAAAGACCCUGGGCAAGGACCACCCCGCUGUGGCUGCCACCCUGAACAACCUGGCUGUGCUGUACGGCAAGAGGGGCAAGUACAAGGAGGCCGAGCCGCUGUGCAAGAGAGCGCUGGAGAUUCGCGAGAAGGUGCUGGGCCGGUUCCACCCCGACGUGGCAAAGCAGCUGAACAACCUGGCGCUGCUGUGCCAGAACCAGGGCAAGGCGGAGGAAGUGCAGUACUACUAUGGGCGGGCGCUGGAGAUCUACGAGAGCCGCCUGGGCCCCGACGACCCCAACGUUGCCAAGACCAAGAACAACCUGGCAUCCUGCUACCUGAAACAGGGCAAGUACAAAGAGGCCGAGGCGCUGUACAAGGAGAUCCUGACUCGGGCGCACGAGAAGGAGUUUGGCUCAGUCAAUGGAGAGAACAAGCCAAUCUGGAUGCAUGCAGAGGAACGCGAGGAGAGCAAGGACAGGAGCAAGGACAGUGUCCCCUACAGGGAGUAUGGCAGCUGGUACAAGGCCUGCAAGGUGGACAGCCCCACAGUGAACACGACCCUGAAGAGCCUGGGGGCUCUGUACCGGCGCCAGGGCAAGCUGGAGGCCGCCGAGACGCUGGAGGAGUGUGCCAUGAAAACCCGCAAGCAGGGCAUGCACGCCAUCAGCCAGACCAGGGUGGUGGAGCUGCUGAAGGAUGGGGGCCGGUCGGAGCGCCGGCCCAGCCGGGAGAGCCUGAGCAACAGUGCUGCCAAGGCUGAGAACGGGCCCGAGCCCGCGGACGGGAUGGGCACGGAAUGGGCUGGGGAUGGCUCUGGAGUCCUGCGCCGGAGCGGCUCCUUUGGGAAGCUGCGGGACGCCCUGCGCCGGAGCAGCGAGAUGCUGGUGAAGAAGCUGCAGGGGAGCAGCCCCCAGGAGCCCAGGAACCUGGGGAUGAAACGGGCCAGUUCCCUGAACUUCCUCAACAAGAGCGUGGAAGAGUCGAGCCUGCCAACCAGCAGCAGCCUCACCGAGAGCCGGGGCCUGAGCGCCAGCACUGUGGACCUGUCCAGACGCAGCUCCUUGCUGGGGUGACCCUGGCCCCCCACAGACACCCACGGACACCUCCACAAGCCCCGUGGGCCAGAGUAGAGGAGACAACCCCUGCUGUUACACCUCCAUUGGCUGGCUCCCCUCUCCACCCAGUGUGUAGUGACGGGGGAGGGCCGUACUCCCUGCAUAGAGACUAGGGGCUCCCCACCCGCCGCGUGGCACGGCCUGGCCCCUCCUGCUCUGGGAUCUCAGGCCACUCGCUCACAUGCUGCUGUAGGGACAAUUCCCUAUUUGGGGGGGCACCCCUUCAUCCCCCAGCCCCAUCCCCUUAGCUGCCCUGAGCUGCCCUCACCCCUUGGGCUGGGGAUCUGAUGCUUGGAUGGGAUGGGGAGACUUGUCUGUGGGGCUGGUGGGGAAGUGUGGGGGGGGGCGUUCAGGAGGAAACCUCUGGAACUCCGCUGCUGGGUUGGAGAAGGGGAGCAGGAGGUGAGUUACAUCUGCCCUCCUCACUCCUGGGUCACAGAUCACCUCGUUUUUCCUUUGUAUUUAUGUUUUCUUCUCAGGGAGUCCCCUCUGGUGGGAGCCCCCCUUUGCUGCAUGCUGCCCCCAGACCGGCAGGGAAAUCCCUCCCCCUUUGUCCCUUCAGAUGCAGCUGCUGCUGCUCCUCAGUAUCUAGCUCCUCUGAGCUGUCUUCCCCUCACCUUCUCCGCACCCCCCACCUACCCAGAAUCCUCUCUGCCCCACAGCAGGGGGCAAACCCUCCUUACUGAAGGAGGCUAGCGAGUCACUACCGUCCCCCUGGUUUGCAUGGUCCUGGUGCAAGCUGGUGACACCCCCCUCCCCGCCCCCCCCAGCCUUUCAACACUAAUUCCACUGCUGUGGCGGGGGGGUCUCAUUUCCUCCUAGCUAAAGCCUGCACCUUACACUGGAAAACACUAGCCCCUCUGGGACCUGGGGGGCAGGAAUGGAGAUAGCGAUGUCGCACAAUUCAUUUCCCUCUCCAGCCUGUCACAUCUCUUUACUCUGCCACUGGACACAGGCAUAGUCCCCAACCGCUGCUGUGCCUCAGCGGGGAGGGGGCACUGUUACUGCCCUCCGAGGGGGGCCAGGGGGAGAGGCUGCUAUGGAAAAUCUCCCCCUAACCUGAGAGGGGUCUAGCUAGGUCCCUCCUAAUCCUUCCCUCACUGGGGGCCCCUGAGCCUUCACUGCUUCACCCACCUGCCUGUCCCCAUGUUGGGGGACCGUUGCGGGGUGGGGCACCUGCUGAGUUCGCUCUGGAUUUACCAGUGUUGCUGUAGAAAUAAAAGGUACUUCAAAAUCUCUGUGUGGGGCUCUGCCUUUUUGGGAUCUGGGGCCUUCCCCUCCAGGGGGUGCUGGGUCUGAUCUGACCCCAGGGUGAGAGGAUGGGCUGGCUCCAGGGUGGGGCAUGGGACAUGGGGCUGUUACCCUCUAGGAGAUGCUAGCUCUGACCCAGUGCUAAGGGGUUAUAUUAUUGGGGAAUCCAGAUCUGUGGAAUUGGCCUCUGCCAAUGCACCCUGCCCCCUUGAGCCAAGUCCGGCAGCCCCCCUAGGGGGCCCAGUUUUGUGGUUUAAGACCUCAGCUGCAGUUUCAGUCCUGAGCUUUUCUCCUGGAAGCAGGUUAGUGCCUCCUGACCCCAGGGCUCAGCCACCACGCACCAGGCCCCGCAGUGUGAGUUCAGCUAAGGCCAGCAUGAGGCUUGAGAACUUUAGCACGUGGAGGACCUUGCUUUGCCCCUACCAGGGGAGUCAUUUCCCAGCAUCUCUCCACCACCAGUACAGAAGGGAAGGCUGUGAUUGGCUCGCCAUCUCAGGGCUCUGAGAGCUGGGGCUUGGAGAAAAGCACUUUCUCGGGUGCCCCUGCCUGCAAUUUGAAUACACUUACAUAAAUUUGCAUAUGGACAAUGCCUGUCCCUACCCCAAACACAGAGAUUUCCUUGUAUUCAUUCUACAUGCUCCCAGUCCCCAUUUGUCCCACAGUCACUGUCACCCGAGCCCAUGCUAUUGGGAAGCUCCCUCUGAUUGGCUGCCUUUCCCUGGCCUCCUAGAGAAAGGAAACUAAGCUGGAUAUGCUGAUGGACUGCAGCAGCCAGACCCUUCCCCAGCAGCCUUGGCUCCUCCCCCACCUCUAAUCUAACCUGUGUGCUCUUAGCCCUUUUAAUGGUCCUGGAAGCCCCCCUCCCCCCCUGGCUGCCCCUCCUCAAGGCCUGGCUGCCCCUCUCCCCAAUCCCAGAGAGGAGUCAGGCUAUUUGGGGGAAGGGAGGUGCCCUUGCCCAAGCAGGCCCCAGGGGGAAUUUCCCCAUCACUUGGCUAUGGGAGUGCCCUAGCAAUGGGACACCAGGAGGGUAGCCCCAGUGUGAGGGGUAUUGAGGCCUAUGCUGGAAUUGCAUGCUAUCACUUUAAAGGCUCAGUAAGGGUUCCUGAUUCUGCUUGCAGGUUAGGGGGAUCUAUAGUAAGCCUGCAUGUGUUUGAGCAGAGUUGGUUUGCAGCUAGUCAGCCUACAGCAACUUGAGGUGAACUGGGUCAUUCUGGUUUUAUAAGGAGCAGCCUGCUUCGUCUCUCUCUGUUGUUGGGUUUGUGUGUGUUUUCAUUCUGAUUUCUCAGAAAUAAAGUAGCAUCAUGUUUCAAUCUUC